UGGUAAUCAAAUAAAUGAGCUUUGGAAUAUAAUGGCAAAAUUGUGAACUUAUUCUACUUUAGCACCUGAGAAUAGCACCUUGAUUAUUUUAACAAUUGUGAAUAUAUAAACUAGGGUAGUUAUAUAAAGCUAAAAUAAAGGAGAAAAUAUAUAAGGGACUAAAAUUAAGUAAUGGUAAACUAAGUUAAAUGGACAGAUGGUCACUAUGAAAUAAUAUUGGUUUAGGAGUAAGAUCUGAUUUGUAAUAUUAAAUAAAUUGAGCAGUUUAUUGCACAAUAAAAAGUAAAAAAAAUGAGGUAGUUGGUACUAGCUAGCAAAAGAUAGUUUUGGUACUUGCAAAAAAGUAAUUGGAAUAUACACUAAUUGCAUACACAAUGAAAAGUGACUAAAAAACAAGUAGUGAUAAACAAAAUUAAAUGGACAGGUAAGAAUAAUGAAUAUUAUUAAUUUGGAGUAAGAUUUGACUUGUAAUUUAAAAUUAUGAGCAAUUAAUAGCAGUAAGAAAGAAGUAUAGAGUAUUGGAGGUAGUUGGCAUUAGCUAGUGAUGAAAAAUAAUAAAAAUAAUAAUGCACAAUAUAAUAGUAACAUACACUAUAUGCACCACACGUAUAUAUGUAUUAAGGGCACUUAUCUAAUCUGUUACAGAAAUGUCAGCUUUUCUAAGGAAGGUAGAGAAAUCAUGUUCGUUUGAGAUGGUAUAUUGUUGUCCUGUUGAUGUUUUCCUUACUAGUAUUUUCCCAUCUCGCGUGAAACACUGAUUUAUUUUGUUUUCCUGUUUAAGUUUUCUCAGCCUGAACAGAAGGUUUUGACGUUUUUUUGUUAGACACUCAUUUAUGUGCACUCCAUUUUUCAUUGUAAUUGCUGAUUUAAUUAGGUCCUUUCUUUUAUCGUAUGAAUGAAGUCGGAUCAUUAUACUGUGUUUACUUAGGUGUAUAUACUCAAUGCAUAGAAAAUAAUAAAAAAAAAUAUAUAACAUUUAAGUGAUGAGUGGAUGCUGGAGCGUAUGAUACGCGUCCAUUAUUCCCCACAGAACGUCCAGAGUCAGUGUUAUCUGCACCAGAUUAGCACUACACUCCACACACACACACUUAUUAGUUGUGUUUUCAACACCGAGUCUUCAAAGAAAAUGAGCGGUAGAGGAAGAAAGAACAGUGGUAGAAGAGGACUGGGUUCCUGCUGUAGCUUAGAUCAAAAUCCGUAUAACUCAGAGGGCAAUGGAACACCAAAUAGAGCCACUAAGCCACACCAGAAACGGCGUCAGAGUGAAGGAGAUAGCAGUCCACGCUCUGCAGAUAGACAAGAUCAAACAAUUUCAGGACAGGAAGUUACCCAUUGGUCUUAUUAUCAUGAUGGAAAUGUGAAAAUUCCAGAGAUCUGUGUUUACUCUAUUGACAAGCGUUGCAUGUAUGAAAAAAGUGGAUGCGUAAGACUCCAUGCUAAAUGUACAAGUCAGUGGCAGGUGAUGCAUCGUGGUAAUUGGUAUAAUAUGCGAAAUUUUCACUCAAAAGAAAUUGAGGAUGCUUUUGAGGAUGUGACAAAAGAUUCUGUAAAAUUAACUAUUUUGAAUCCACAAAAAGUGGGAAAUAGUGGUACUGGAAUGAUAAAGAUUCUUGGAACUAAACAAUGGGAAGCGGUUUUUGAAACUAUGAUGCUGAAAUGUCUCACAACUGAUGGUUCUCCAAAUACCAUGAUGAAUAUUCGUAGAUUAUCAACACAGUCAGCAGCCAUAUCAAAGAGUGGCAAGGCAACUCUGUAUGAAUGGUUCUUUCAAGAUGAACAAAAAAAAUGGAUUAAAUAUGGUGAAACUAACAGCUUGGGGAUGACACAUUUAGUUUCCUCGGUAAAAUCAGAUGAAAUUGAGCAAAACUUUUGUACAAAUCCCUCUUCCCCAUUGAUUUUCAGUAACUCAUUGUUUACAUAUCAGUUGGAUUUUGCAGCAAUGAAGCAAAAAAAUUUGAAAACUGGCAAGGAAAAAUCAGUGCGACGGCGGCCUGUUAAAAAGCAAAGCACAAAACCAAACCCAGUUGUCAAGAAAGACAAUUUGCCUUCUGCAUGGUCUGUUAUGAAGGAUACAGAUAUUGUGAUUCAGGUAGCAUUGGACACAUCCUGCGUAGAAUACCGUGAUAUUAUGACUCGGUUGCUGGCCACUCUCCCUUCUGCUCGAGCAAGAACAGUAAAGAGGAUUCAGAACCCCUUUUUGUGGCGGGCUUUCGAAAACAAGAAACAAGAAUUGUCUCUUAAAUAUGGUGUUAAAGAAGAACUAAAUGUUCAGAAAAUGUUCCAUGGAACAAGAUCUGAGCAUGUAAAUGAUAUCUGUAAAGAAAAUUUUGAUUAUAGGUUGCAUGGCACAAAUGUUGGACAUGCAUAUGGCAAGGGUACCUACUUCUCAAACAGUGCUGCUUUUUCUCUGAAAUAUUCACCACCUGACAGUUUUGGCUACCAGUAUCUGUUCCUGGCUGAAGUAAUCAUCGGAGAAGUGGUACAAGGAAAUGCAUCCAUGACUCGCCCACCCAAAAAUCCUGUCACUGGUGAGUUGUUCAAUACAACAGUAGAUAGCAUGAGUUCACCAAAAAUCUUUGUUAAGUAUGACAUGCAAGAAUAUUAUCCUCUGUAUAUUAUAGCACUUACUAAAGAUAAAAUCUAGAAGACUGCUUAUCUGUUACAUAACCCAGGGAGCAAUAAUUUCUGCAAAUACUUUUAUGAAACUUCUAAAUUUUAUUACUGUAAAAUAGAUGUUAUUUUUCAGUUAUAGUGAAAGAAUUAAUUUUUUAAAGUUUAAUUAACCGAAGGUACCUUUUUGGGUUUAGUGUUUACCUUUAUUUUUAUUAUAAUAAUAAGAAUAAUUAAAUACAGUAGAUGAAAUUAUAAAUUAAUUAAAAGUAAGAAUUAAGGGUGCUCAAAUAUGUGUAAGUGGAUGUGACCUGGACCUGAUUAGGUUGGGUUAGUACCUUGAGCCAGUAGGGGACUUGGACUUGCCUCACAUGGGCCAGUAGGCCUGCUGCAGUGCUCCUUCUUUCUUGUGUUCAUACAAAGUUUCCAUUAUUCAGUUUGUGUGUGCAUUUGGGGAGAUGAUUCUGAUCUGUGGUGAUGGAGAUAAAUGGUAUAAAAUACCGACACGAUGGAAAAAACACAAAUGCAGUAUAAUGCGAUUCGUUAUUGACAAUGUUUUUGCCCACACAGUGGGCUUUAUCACGUCACAAAGAGAUCAGUUUGUGAGUUUCUAAAUAAAAGAUCACGUUAUACUGCAUUUGUUUAUUUUUCUAUCUAUGGUGGUAUUAGUAUAAUGAGAAUGGUCAUUAUAGCAUUUUUUUAUUAUUACAGUAUUAUUAUUAUUUUUAACACCUGCCAUCUUCCAUCAAGGUACGACGAGUCCGUAAAGGAAGAAACAAAUAUAAAUACUUUAUUUCUUUUAUGCAGUAUACAAUUAAUAUAGUUUACAUGUAAUAAAAUAUUUUUGGGCACAAAAGAAAGGUACUAGCAUGCAGUGCAUUUUAGGUAAAUUAGUCCUAGUGCUUAAUGCUACUUAAAAACUAGACACAGUUUAUUAAAUAGGAGUUACUAAAUGUACAGAAGAAGGUGGUUAAAUGAGCAAUAGUACAAUUUUAAAAGUAUUCACUAAUACUUCAGACUGAUUUAAUGAUCUUCAGUUAAGUAGGAUUUCUUAAGCAGUUAACUAGAGGUGCCCUAUGACUUGGUUGGUAGCGCACCCAGCUUGUGUACUGAGUGCCCGUGGUUCGAUCCCCAGCCAGGUGGAAACGGGCACGUUUUUUUGCACCUGCUGUCCCUGUUCACCUAACAGUAAGUAGGUACCUGGGUGCUAGCCAACUGUUGUGGGUCACAUCCUGGGGGGUGAUAGUAUGCCUUAACCCUUUCACUGUUAAGACCCCUGCUCACAAACUUGCUCUCAGUGUCGAAGAAUUUAAAAACAAAAAAUUCUUAUGAAAUGAUAGAGAAUCUUUUCCAGAUGGUAAUGACACCAAAAGUAUGAAAUUUGAUGGAAAACUUACAGAAUUACACUCUCGCGAACUUAGUAGUCUCGGUGAUAUUUACACAUCUCCAAUUUUGCCCACUUUGAGCCCUAUUUUCAGCCAAUUACAUUGUUCCGGUCGACCACACUCAUAGCUAUUUCGCUAGAACUCCAUUUGUUCUAUCGAUUGAGUACAAGAAACCGCCCAUUUACUGAUUUCAACUACCCGGUAAAGUGAUCAAAAAUUGGUAAUUUGGCCAAUUUCAUAAGCAAUUCAAGUAAGGCCAAUUUCAAAAUAGGGCCCAGAAUAAACAAUGCAGACAUUCCUAGCAUUAGAAUAACAUUUUCUCAGUUCAUUAGUUACAUCUCCAGGCCCCUCUUAUAUUUAGCUUGCUUUCCAUUUUGAAUUUUUAUUCACACAAAAAAUAGAAGAUUUACUGUUAUGCAGACUUGCAUUAUUGUAAAAAUGGCAUAGAUAAUAUCAGCACUUUUUUUUUCUUUUCAACAAGUUGGCCGUCUCCCACUGAGGCAGGGUGACUGAAAAAGAAAGAAAAUUCCCAAAAAGAAAAUACGUACUUUCAUCAUCAUUCAACACUUUCACCUCACUCAUACAUGAUAACUGUCUUUGGAGAGGUGCCCAGAUACAACAGUUUAGACACAUAUGUGAAGAUGUAUAACAUAUCCCUCCAAGCUGCCAGUAUCCUAAACCCCUCCUUUAAAGUGCAGGCAUUGUACUUCCCAUUUCCAGUACUCAAGUCCAGCUAUAUAAAAAUAACUGGUUUCCCUGAAUCCUUUCACUAAAUAUUACCCUGCUCACACUCCAACAGCUCAUCAGGUCCCAAAAAUUAUUUGUCUCCAUUCACUCCUAUCUAACAGGCUCAUGCACGCUUGCUGGAAAUCCAAGCCCCUUGCCCACAAAACCUCCUUUACCCCUUCCCUCCAACCUUUUUCAGGACAACCCAUACUGUGCUUUCCUUCCCCUACAGAUUUAUACACUCUCCAUGUCAUUCUGCUAUGAUCCAUUCUCUCUAAAUGACCAAACCACCUCAACAACCCCUCUUCAGCUCUCUUGACUAAUACUUUUAUUAACUCCACACCUUCUAAUUUCCACACUCUGAAUUCUCUGCAUAAUAUUUACACCACACAUUGCCCUUAGAGAGAACAUCUCCACUGCCUCCAACCACCUCCAUGCUGCAGCAUUUACAACCCAAGCUUCACACCCAUAUAAGAGUGUUGGUACUACUAUACUUUCAUACAUUCCCCUCUUUGCCUCUACAGAUAGUUUUUUGUCUCCACAUAAUCCUCAAUGCACCACUCACCUUUUUUCCUUCAUCAAUGUUAUGGUUAACCUCAUCCUUUAUAAACCAUCCGCUGACAUGUCAACUCCCAAAUAUCUGAAAACAUUCACUUCUUUCAUACUCCGUCUCUCCAGUGUGAUAUCCAAUUUUUCUUUAUCUAAAUUGUUUGAUACCCUCAUCGCCUUACUCUUAUCAAUGUUCACUUUCAACUUUCUACCUUUACACACCCUCCCAAAGUUGUCCACUAACCUUUUCAACUUUUCUUUAGAAUCUCCUAUAAGCACAGCAAAAAGUAACUGUCAACUCACAUUUUGUACUUGAUUUUAAUCCCACCCCUCUCCCCAACAUCCUAGCAUUUACCUCUUUCACAACCCCAUCUGUAAGUAUAUUAAAUAACCAUGGUGACAUUAUACAUCCCUGACUAAGACCUACUUUUACCAGGCAGUAAUCUCCCUCUCUCCUACACACCCUAACCUGAGCCUCACUAUCCUCAUAAAAACUCUUUAUAGCAUUUAGUAACUUACUACCUGUUCCAUACACUUGCAACAUCUGCCACAUUGCUCCCCCAUCCACUCUAUCACACACCUUUUCUAAAUCCAUAAAUGCAAUGAAAACUUCCCUACCUUUAUCUAAAUACUGUUCACAUAUAUGCUUCAAUAUAAACACUUGAUCUACACAUCCUCUACCCACUCUAAAGCCUCCUUGCUCAUCUACGAUCCUACUCUCUGUCUUUCCUCUGAUUCUCUCAAUAAUAACCCUACCGUACACUUUUCCUGGUAUACUUAGUAAACUUAUUUUUACAAUCUCUAUUGUCCCCCUUCCCUUUAUGUAAAGGAACUAUACACGCUCUCUGCCAAUCUCUAGGUACCUUCCCCUCUUUCAUACAUUUAUUAAACAGAAAUACCAACCACUCCAACACUAUAUCCCUCCCUGCUUUUAACAUUUCUGUCAUGAUCCCAUCAGUUCCAGCUGCUUUACCCCCUUUCAUUCUAUGUAAUGCCUCAUGCACCUCCCCCACACUCACAUCCUGCUUUUCUUCACUCCUAAAAGAUGUUAUACCUCCCUGGACAGUGUAUGAAAUUACUGCCUCCCUUUCUUCAUCGACAUUUAAAAGUUCCUCAAAAUAUUCCUGCCAUCUACCCAAUACCUCCAUCUCCCCAUCUACUAACACCCCUACUCUGUUUAUAACUGACAGAUCCAUUCGUUCCCUAGGUUUUCUUCACUUGUUUAUCUCCAAAUUUUUUUCUUAUUUUCUGCAAAAUUUCUUGACAGUGCCUCUCCCAUUCUAUCAUCUGCUCUCCUUUUACACUCUCACCACUCUCUUCACCUUUCUUUUACUCUCCACAUACUCUGCUCUUCUUAUAACACUUCUGCUUUGUAAAAACCUCUCAUAAGCUUCCUUUUUUCUCUUUUAUCACACCCUUUACUUCAUUCCACCAGUCACUCCUCUUUCCUCCUGCACCCACCCUCCUAUAACACAAACUUCUGCCCCACAUUAUAAUACUGCAUUUUUAAAACUAUUCUAAUGCUCUUAAACCCCCUCCUCCCACUACUCAUUUUUGCACUAGCCCACCUUUCUGCCAAUAGUUGCUUAUAUCUCACCCCAACUUCCUCCUCCCUUAGUAUAUACACUUUUACCUCUCUCUUACUUGCUGUUGCCAUUUUCCUUUUGUCCCAUCUACCUCUUACUAUAACUGUAGCUACAGCUAAAUAAUAAUAUGAUAUAUCAGUUGCCCCUCUAUAAACAUGUACAUCCUGAAGCCUACCCAUCAACCUUUUGUCCACCAAUACAUAAUCUAACAAACUACUUUCAUUACGUGCUAUAUUGUACCUUGUAUACUUAUUUAUCCUAUUUUUCAUAAAAUAUGUAUUACUUAUUACCAAACCUCUUUCUACACAUAGCUCAAUUAAAGACUCCCCAUUUUCAUUUACCCCUGGAACCCCAAAUUUACCUUCUUCCUUCACAAUAUUUUUGCCCACUAGAUUCAAAACUCCCAACACACUUACUCAACAUUUCCCAAAAUCUCUCUCUCUCCUCUACACUUCUCUUGUCUCCAGGUGCAUAAACGCUUACUAUAACCCACUUUUCACAUCCAACCCUUAUUUUACUCCACAUAAUCCUUGAAUUUAUACAUUUAUAUUCCUUCUUUUCCUGCCAUAACUUAUCCUACAACAUUAUUGCUACUCAUUCUUUAGCUCUAACUCUAUUUGAAACCCCUUUUAAACUUUGUUUCACUUAAUGCCAGGACAUCCAGCUUCUCCUCAUUCAUAACAUCCAAUCAUCUCUUUCUUAUUCACACAACAUCCACGCACAUUCAAACAUUCCACUUUGACAGUUUUCUUCUUUUUCUUCUUAGUAGGAUUACUAGCCCAUUGUUCCCGGCAUUUUAGUUGACUUUUACAACACACAUGGCUUAUGGAGGAAAGAUUCUUAUUCUACUUCCCCAUGGAUAUAAAAGGUAAAGCAAUAAGAACAAGAACUAUUAAGACAAAAUCAAAGAAAACUCAGAUGAGUGUGUAUACAUAAACGUAUACAUGUGUGUGUAGUGUGACCUAAGUGUAAGUAGAAGUAGCAAGAUAUACCUGAAAUCUUGCAUGUUUAUGAGACAGAAAAAAGACACCAGCAACCCUACCAUCAUGUAAAACAAAUACAAGCUUCCUUUUUACACCCACUUGGUAGGAUGGUAGUAUCUCCCUGGGUGGUUGCUGUCUACCAACCUACUACUUAUCAGUGCAUUUGUGAAAGCAUAUUAGACCAACCAGUUCAUGUGUAUUGGACGUGUGGUGUGAUUUGUUUACUCUUGAACAUUGGCAAAAAUUGAACAUUUCUGCUACUUUCAGCUCAAUUUCAGGGUACUUUUAGUCCGAAAACCCAUUCAAAAUUAUCUCUAUUUCUGUAAUAUAUCUUCCAUUCUAUUAAAUGAGACCAAGAAAACGAGAAUACAACCAUAAAUACUGUACAAAAAUGCACCAUUAAGUCGCUGUUUUAAACCAAAAACACGGUCGGAGUGUUUUUUCCUCAUUAUGCACUGCGUGCUGCAGGAUUUUUUUUUAUAUUGCAUACACUGACCACUCACACCCAUUCUCUUAUAUAUGUAGGCCUACCAGCUUUCUCCUGCAAGAUUUGAAGCCACUAGAAUUUUGGCAUAAUAUUACGGGACCGACACUGGCUUGCAAGCCAUAAUAUUACGGGACUGACAGUGAUAGGGUUAACGCUUUGAGGGUCCAAGAAUUUUCUCAAAAAAAAAAAAUUCCUGUGUUUUCUAAUGAAAUUGUAGAGAAUCCUUUUAUGAAGGUAAUAAAACAAAAAGUACGAAAUUUGAUGGAAAAAUUGAUGAAAUUACACUAUUGCGAAUUUUACUUCGUCAGCGAUACAGUGGACCCUCGGUUAUUGGCCAUAAUCUGUUCCAGAAGCUUGGCCAAAACCAAAAUGGCCGAGAACCGAAAUAAUAUUUCCCAUAAAAAUUAAUGGAAAUACAGUUAAUCUGUUCCAGACAAAAAUCUUCACAAAAAAAAAAAAUUAUGACAAUUAUAUAAGUACAUGUAUUACAUACUUUUAUUGAAGACUAAUUCUGGCUUCUGGAAGAUAGGGAGGAGGAAAGAGGGAGGAGUUUGUGUUUGGAAGGAGAAUCCCCCUCCAUAUGGACUUCAGGUAACAAGUCCUUUUCCAGGGUUACUUCCCUUCUUUGUCUUUUAAUGCCACUAGGACCAGCUUGAGAGUCACUGGACCCCUGUCACACAACAAAUCUGUCUAUAGAGGUCUGUUUCUGGUGUCUCUCCAAGAUUUCCCUGAAGUGGGACAGGGUUUUGUCACUGAACAUGUUGCAGAUAUGGCUUGUUUCCUCUUGGUCAAGGUGGUAUUUCUCCACAAAAGCUUGCACCCUAGUCCACAUUGCACACAUUUCUUUAAUCUCUGAAGAAGGCACCUCCUUCACUCCCUCUUCCUCCUCUGAAGCAGGUUCCUCAGCUGCAGUCUGUUGCUGUUUGAGUUGAAGGUCUUGCAGCUCUUCAGUGGUUAGCUCUUCCCUGUGGUCCUCCACCAACCCUUCCACAUCCUCGCUACUCACCUCCAUCCCCACAAUAGAGUCCACAGGGUCAGCUUCAUACCCUUUAAAAUCCAUUUUUUGGACACAACCUGGCCACAAUUUUCUCCAAGCAGAGUUCAAAGUCCUGAAAGUCACUCCCUCCCAGGUCAACUGAGUGUCCAAGGUCAUUUCAAAAUACUUUUGAAACAUUGCUUUUGUGUAGAGUUUUUUGAAGUUAGAAAUGACUUGCUGGUCUAUGGGCUGGAGGAGAGGAGUGGUGUUAGGAAGCAAGAACUUCAAUGUGAUGAAACUGAAGUCCCUAAACACCUGGUCUUCUAAGUCUGGAGGAUGUGCAGGAGCAUUGUCUAAUACCAGGAGGCACUUGAGUGGCAAUUUCUUUUCCAAGAGGUACUUUUUCACACUUGGGCCAAACACAUCAUUAACCCACUCUUUGAAAAUUUGCCUUCUGACCCAUGCCUUAUGAUUAGCUUUCCACAUCACACACAAACUAUUCUUGACGACAUUGCUUUUCUUGAACACUCUGGGAUUCUCUGAGUGAUACACCAAUAAAGGCUUCACUUUAAAAUCCCCACUAGCAUUACCACACAACAAAAGAAUAAGCCUGUCUUUCAUAGGCUUAUGCCCUGGCAGUGCCUUUUGCUCCUGCGUGAUGUAGGUCCUGUUUGGCAUUUUCUUCCAAAACAGGCCUGUUUCGUCACAAUUGAACACAUGUUGGGGUUUGAAUCCUUCAGCCUUUAUGUACCCCUAGAAUUCCUGCACAUACUUUUCAGCCGCACAUUUGUCAGAACUUGCAGCCUCUCCAUGCCUUACAACACUGUGUAUGCCACUAUGUUUCUUACAUCUGUCAAACCAGCCUUUGCUGGCCCUAAAUUCACUACCAGCAGCACUUUGUUCCAGGGGUUUUCUGUAGAAGAUCCUUAUGUAACUGCCUUGCCUUCUCACAUAAUAGAUUCCACAACACUGUCUCCCACUAAUUCUUUUUCCUUAAUCCACAAUAAUAACAACUUUUUCAUCUCUUCCAUUAUUGGUGACCUUUGUUUCGUUAGAAAAGUUGCUCCUUUUGCAACAUUAGCGUCCUUGAUUUGUUCUUUUUUUGCCAAGAUGGAAGUUCCAGCACUCGCACACCACUCUCAUAUUUUUCAGUCACUUCACACUUAAAUUCCAUGGUGCUUUUCACUUUCUUUGCCACAGGAACUUUCUUUGGAGCCAUGGUUACUUAUUUCACAGUUGCACUUCAAAAAAACUACCAAAAACAGUGGAUAACAAGCAGAAGCUUCCUCACCCACCGAGAGAGACAGCUAAACUGAUGAGCAAGCUGCCCCAGCUGGUGGAUGGAUGCACCCCAAACGGCCGAUCACUGAAAUAACGGCUGAUCACUGGAAGCCGGAAAACCAGCCGAUCACCGAGUUGGCCGAUAACCGAGGGUCCACAGUACAGUGGAACCUCAAAAAUCGAACUUUCUUCGGUCCAGAAGUCUGUUCGAUUGCCUUUACCGAAUGAAUUUAUUCCCAUCAGGAAUAAUGUAAAUUAGAUUAGUCCAUUUCAGACCCUUAACCCUUUGACUGUUGUUAUUAUUUUUUUAUUAUCACACCGGCCGAUUCCCACCAAGGCAGGGUGGCCCGAAAAAGAAAAACUUUCACCAUCAUUCACUCCAUCACUGUCUUGCCAGAAGGGUGCUUUACACUACAGUUUUUAAACUGCAACAUUAACACCCCUCCUUCAGAGUGCAGGCACUGUACUUCCCAUCUCCAGGACUCAAGUCCGGCCUGCCAGUUUCCCUGAAUCCCUUCAUAAAUGUUACUUUGCUCACACUCCAACAGCACGUCAAGUAUUAAAAACCAUUUGUCUCCAUUCACUCCUAUCAAACACGCUCACGCAUGCCUGCUGGAAGUCCAAGCCCCUCGCACACAAAACCUCCUUUACCCCCUCCCUCCAACCCUUCCUAGGCCGACCCCUACCCCGCCUUCCUUCCACUACAGACUGAUACACUCUUGAAGUCAUUCUUGUUCGCUCCAUUCUCUCUACAUGUCCGAACCACCUCAACAACCCUUCCUCAGCCCUCUGGACAACAGUUUUGGUAAUCCCGCACCUCCUCCUAACUUCCAAACUACGAAUUCUCUGCAUUAUAUUCACACCACACAUUGCCCUCAGACAUGACAUCUCCACUGCCUCCAGCCUUCUCCUCGCUGCAACAUUCAUCACCCACGCUUCACACCCAUAUAAGAGCGUUGGUAAAACUAUACUCUCAUACAUUCCCCUCUUUGCCUCCAAGGACAAAGUUCUUUGUUUCCACAGACUCCUAAGUGCACCACUCACUCUUUUUCCCUCAUCAAUUCUAUGAUUCACCUCAUCUUUCAUAGACCCAUCCGCUGACACGUCCACUCCCAAAUAUCUGAAUACGUUCACCUCCUCCAUACUCUCUCCCUCCAAUCUGAUAUUCAAUCUUUCAUCACCUAAUCUUUUGUUAUCCUCAUAACCUUACUCUUUCCUGUAUUCACCUUUAAUUUUCUUCUU